UGGACUCCCACUGCGGCCGGGAGGGGCAGCUUCCGUGCUCAGGGCCAUCCCCAGUCCCCCACGGGCUUUGCCAUCACUUCUGCUUGAAGCUGCUUCGGGCCUCUCUCUUCAGUCAUGAAGUUCCUGCUGCUGACGCUGGCUGUGCUACUGCUUAUGUCCCAGCUCAUCCCAGGUGACACUCAAAGAUGCUGGAAUCUUCUUGGCAAGUGUCGCCACAGAUGCUCCAAGAAGGACAGUGUCUAUGUUUACUGCACUAAUGGUAAAAUGUGCUGUGUCAAGCCCAAGUACCAGCCAAAACCAAAGCCAUCGUGGUUAUUUUAAGGGCUUUAAAGUCUGAAGCCAGAAAAAAGGCAGAAGCUGCCGGAAGUCUGAGCCAAGUGGAUUAUUGAGCUCUGUCAAUAAACACCUCUGGCUGAUCACUGUGUGCCUGUUGUCUACCCCAGUGGUUCUCAGGAGGUCCCCUUUCAGGCAG